AUGGUCGAGGUGGACAGCUCCCACUCGUUCCAUCAUCAACUUUAUCCCGAAGGUACUCAGGUCUUCAUUCUUGUCCAUACAGUACUUUCAGAUGGAAAUCGAAGACGAUGGAGCAGCCUAGGAAGACGGCUGAGUUUGAUGUAAGCCAGCAUGGAGCCUUAAAGAAAGAAAAAUCUUUUUCAGGCGCUCAAAAUCUGUUCAACCGACUGUUCCGUCGCCGGCAACGUCGCCGUGUCCCGGAUCCAACUCUUUCCAUUCUCCUUCUGCUCUUCGUAAACAUUUUCCCCAGACCUUGGAGAUAGAUCAUUUUCAGCAAGGAUCGACCAAGAAUUUGUCCUUUCAGCACUUGAUGAACGCCUGGAGGAGACUUUGAGCGAAGUUAUCCCAGAAAGUUCUAUGCCAUUCAUUCAUCUCGUUUCAGGGUGGAAUAACAUUGACGUUGGAAAACGAAACAAGUAA